CUCACAAUAUUAAUGAGAUUUCUUUAUCCCUAGAGGUUUAAUUUAUGCCUCCUAAACUGUGUGAAUGAAGUGGUGAUCAUAACUGCUCUAGGAUCUUUCUGGCUAGGAAGAAACAGAAUAGGACUCUUUGAAAAUGAAUCUUUUCUCACAUGCCGUUCUUCAGAUAUAAGUUCAGCAGUCACUGGAAAAAAAGAACUUGAACUUCCUUCCUCCUUCUUUGCAUCUUAAGAACAGGAAAUAAAGAAAUGAGUAUGUUAAUCAGGGAAACUCCGUGAAGCUGGCAGUCUGAGUGGGCAACCGAGCAAGUCAUUGGCGUGAUGACAGAAACAAAGGACAACGAUGCUCUGUUUGGGCUGGAUGUUUCUCUGGCUUGUUGCAGAAGGAAGAAUCCAGGGGCUUAAUAUUUCAGACUGCGCCACCAAAACACUCCUUUGGGCAUAUUCUUCAAGCAGAGAAGAGGAGUUUGUAAUAUUUUGUGAUUUAUCAGAGGCACAGAAACCACGCUUCCACCACAGAAGGCAACUCUCACCAACCCAAGGUCCUCAACGCUUGCCCUGCAAUGGCAGUAAGGAACUAUCUGAUGUGCAGUGGUAUCUUCAACCCCACGAUGGAGAACCUUUGGGAGAAAUUGUUGAGAGCCACCCUCACAUCAUUCAGGACAAGAACACACUUCGCUUUUUAACCCCGUGGAUGAAUAAUUCAGGGUUGUAUGUUUGUAGGCCCAGGAUUAGGAGCCCCUGGGACAAGACCUGUUGUAUCAAGAUGAUCUUGAAGGUUGAACCUCAGAUAAAUGCAUCCUGCCAGAACCAUGUCUCACAUAAGCAAAACCUACUUCUCGGUAGCACUGCUCACAUCCAUUGUCCCAGUCUCAGCUGCCAAAGUGAUGUGAAAAAUCCAGAGUUGACUUGGUACCAGGAUGGAAGACUCCUCUCUGAAAAAAGGAGCAGCCCUAUCGUGGUGGAUGAAAUUUAUGACUAUCAUCAGGGCACGUAUGUGUGUGAUUACAUUCAGUCGGAUAACACAGGCUCAUGGACAGUCAGAGCUGUUGUUCAAGUGAGAACCAUCGUGAAAAACACCAAACUCAAACCAGAUAUUUUGGAUCCUAUCAAGGACAUGGUGGAAGUAGAAAUCGGAAAGCCUGUAACGCUUCCUUGCAAGGUGCGAUUUGGCUUUGAGAAGAACUUCAACCCUGUGAUCAGAUGGUACAUCAUGGAGUCCAACAGGAAGUGGGAAGCCCCAAUACCCAAGGGGAAAAGCGUUAAAUCCACCUUGGAGGAUGAAAUCAUUGAGCGUGUUCUCUUCUUGAAAGAAGUGACUCAAAGCGAUCUUCACAAGAGGUUCCUUUGCUUUGCUCAAAACUCUAUCGGGAACACAACCCAACCCAUUCAACUGAAGGAAAAGAAAGGAGUGGUUCUUGCCUACAUCCUGCUUGGCACCGUGGUGACCCUGCUGGGCCUGUUGGCAGCGAGUGCCCUACUCUAUAUGUACUGGAUUGAAAUAGUGCUGCUGUGCCAGACCUACCGGAGCAAGGAUGAGACGCUUGGAGACGAAAAGGAGUUUGACGCCUUCGUGUCCUACGCGAAAUGGAGCCUUUCGGAGUGUGACGCCUCCCCGUGGCUGAGUGAGGAACUGCUGGCUUUGAAUUUGUUCCCUGAGGUUUUGGAGAAAAAAUACGGGUACUCCUUGUGUUUGCUGGACAGAGAUGCAGCCCCGGGAGGAGUGUAUACAGAAGACAUUAUCAACCUUAUUAAGAAAAGCCGAAGAGGAGUAUUUAUCUUGAGCCCAAAUUAUGUCAAUGGACCGAGUAUCUUUGAAUUACAAGCAGCAGUGAAUCUUGCCCUGGAUGAUAAAACACUGAAACUAAUUUUAAUUAAGUUCCGUGCCUUUGAGGAGCCAGAAUCGCUACCUCAUCUAGUGAAAAAAGCCCUGAGGGUUUUGCCCACCAUCACGUGGAAAGGCUUAAAAUCAGUUCCUCCCGGUUCCCGGUUCUGGACCCAAAUGCGCUACCACAUGCCUGUUAAAAACGCUAAAGGAAUCGCAUGUAGCAAGUUCAGAAUUAUCCCACAAUUUUUUCCCCCACUACGAAAGAUUCAGGAAGUCUGAA